CGUAAGUGACGUCUAGUGUGUGUUUUGUAGGCAUUCAUUGUGUGAUGUAAUGAAUGACUCAAUGGUUGCAAAUGUAAUGCACUUUAAAGUGAACGUCAACUUAAAGUGAGCCCUAAAUGCUAUCAUUGUUUGAGUAAACACUGAAUACAAUACUAAUACUAUUAGUAAUAGUCAUAUAAAUAGCAAUAAUUAGCACUUAUCCUCAUUUAACAACACUAUCCACACAUUCAUUGUCACUUUUUGGACAUUAUCAAGUUAAUAGAUCCAGAUGUCUGUCCAGUGGACUCUUGUGGCCGUCUUCCUGUACGUUGAGAUCGCUUUUGUGGUCCUCUUAUUGGUUCCCUUUAUAUCAUCCAAAACAUGGCAAAAGUUCUUCAAAUCUCGGUUCUUAAGAAGCAUUGAGAGUCAGGCGAACCUCUAUUUCAUGGUAUUUAUCGUUAUAUUGGUUCUGCUCUUCGUUGACUCGAUCCGUGAGAUGUCUAAGUAUUCGUCGGAGAAGGUGCACGACUCAGACCACGGGCACCUGGAUGCUGAACUCCAACACUCCAUGAAACUGUUCAGAGCUCAGCGCAACUUCUAUAUCGCAGGAUUCGCUCUCUUCCUCUGCCUUGUAAUCCGACGACUGGUUGUACUGAUCGGAUGUCAGGCCCAACUCGAAGCCCAGGCCGAGGCGUCCAUCAAACAGGCGAAGGGCGCGUCUCAGCACUCGAAGCAACUGUUGGAACAGUUGUCGACAACACAGACAUCGCGGGAGACACUCAACGAAAACGAAGGCAAUAAGAAAAUCGAGAAACAAGAACAAGACUUAAGGAAAAUGAGGGAAGAGUUGGCGUCGGCUAAGGAGGAGCUCAUCCGAUACCGCGUCAACUGCGAGUCUAUGAAAAAACAGGCCGAAGCCGUGUCCGAGGAGUACGACAGACUGCUCGUCGAACACGACAAACUACAGCGCGAAUACAACAAACUGUCAAAUGUUGAUGACGUCAAGAAAGACAAGUAAUCCCAUCGUAAAGUGAAAUGUUUUUAUAAAUUAUAACAGAAUUACAUAAAUAAGUGAUUUUCUUUGAUUUCUCAUAGUUUCUGUGCUUUAAUUACAACUUAUUUGUGUAUUACUUAACAGUUAAAUGAUAUCUAAGUUUGCGUUUCGCUUCUAAAUAAUGGUUUUAUAUAAACAAAACAUUUUUAAACAUAAAUCUCAACACUUUGUGUUAUUUUUCGAUGAUUAGAGCUUUAAUAAAAUUUGUAAU